GCGCGGCGUGCAGAGACCUCGCAGGCGGGUCGCAGCAUGAGUCGCCACUUGGAUCUGGUGCGGAGCUUCCUGGAGCAGCUGGAGGCCCGGGACCGCCGGGAGGGAGCAAUCCUUGCCCGCGAGUUCAGCGAUAUUAAGGCCCGCUCAGUGGCCUGGAAGACUGGAGGUGUGUACUCCACGAAGGUCGGCAGUCGGCUUGGGAACACGAGGAAGAACCGCUACAAAGACGUGGUGCCAUAUGAUGAGACGCGCGUUAUCCUUUCCUUGCUCCAGGAGGAGGGACACGGAGAUUACAUCAACGCCAACUUCAUCCGGGGCACAGAUGGAAGCCAGGCCUACAUCGCGACGCAAGGACCCCUGCCUCACACUCUGUUGGACUUCUGGCGCCUGGUUUGGGAGUUUGGGGUCAAGGUGAUCCUGAUGGCCUGUCAAGAGACAGAGAAUGGACGGAAGAAGUGUGAACGUUACUGGGCCCAGAAUCAGGAGCCACUGCAGACUGGGCCCUUCUGCAUCACCCUGACAAAAGAGACACCAGUGAAUGCAGACAUCAUUCUCAGGACCCUCCAGGUUACAUUCCAGAAGGAAUCCCGCUCUGUGCACCAGCUACAGUAUAUGUCCUGGCCAGACCAUGGGGUUCCCAGCAAUCCCGAUCACAUUCUCACCAUGGUGGAGGAGGCCCAUCGCCUCCGAGGAGCUGGCCCUGGACCUCUCUGUGUCCACUGCAGUGCUGGUUGCGGACGAACCGGUGUCCUGUGUGCUGUGGAUUACGUGAGGCAGUUGCUGCUGACCCAGACAAUCCCACCCAAUUUCAGCCUCUUCGACGUGGUCCUUGAGAUGCGGAAACAGCGGCCCGCCGCAGUGCAGACGGAGGAGCAGUACAGGUUCCUGUACCACACAGUGGCCCAGCUCUUCUCCCGUACUCUCCAGAACACCAGCCCCCACCAUCAGAAUCUCAAGGAGAACUGUGCCCCAAUCUGCAAAGAUGCCUUGUCCCUCAGGACCUCUCCAGCCCUGCCUGCCUCAUCCCGCCCACCAGGUGGGGUUCUCAGGAGCAUCUCGGUGCCCGGGCCCCCGACCCUUCCCAUGGCCGACACGUACACGUACGCUGUGGUGCAGAAGCGUGGCGCCCCCGCGGGCACAGGGCCGGGGACGCGGGUGCCCAGCAGCGCGGACACCACGCUCUACAGCCACGUGGCUCCGCGUUCCCAGCGGCCGAUGACACACACCGAGGACGCCCGGGGGACGACGCCACUGGGCCAUGUUCCUGCGGAUCAAAACCCUCCCGGGCCUGAUGCCUACGAAGAAGUAACAGAUGGAGCGCAGACUGGUGGUCUAGGCUUCAACUUGCGCAUUGGAAAACCCAAAGGGCCACGGGAUCCUCCUGCGGAGUGGACACGGGUGUGAGUGCUGUGCCAGUUACGGCCUGUCUCUCAGUGGUGUCUGGACUUCUGCAGCCGCCAUGCUGCUGUGCACUGUGUUGGGAAUGGGACUUGUGGGUCUGCAUCAAAAUAAAAGUUUCUCAGGUCGGAAAAAAUAUAAGGGCUUUGCCCCAGUGAUUAUAGCAAUCAAACCCCGAGACUUGGAGUCUACCUGAGAAAACUUAAGAAAGAUCACCGGAAGUGGGCGUGGCAGCUCCCUUCUCCACAGAAUGAGAGGUGUAUCCUCAGUACUGGGGCCUCCUUUGCCCAGACACUCAGGUGACCACAGGGGGAUGAGGUAGAUGGACUCUGAGGAUGGGUAGCUGGACCUCUUGCUGUUCAAACAGAUCCAAGUCAAGCCUAGCU